GCUGGCUUAUAGCCUGCUAUUGUACCUGCUCUUAACGACUGUAUUUGUAACUAAAAUAAAUGUAACUCAAUAACCUCGGAUGACAAAUUUAUACUAGAUCAAUAUAUCUAGAUAGCGCGAAGGGCAUCCACAAUGUGGUGCAAAAAUAGUCCAUAGAUAAUAUUAUAAUAUCAUUGUGCAACUAGCCCAUAAUAUGAAAAAAAAUAAUAAAAGGUAUCUAUAUGCAUGUAAACUACUCAUAUGAAACAAACAAUAUUAUCUAUCUCUACUUCUCUUUCUUAUUCUAAUGUUACCUUCUAUCUACGUACAUUGUACUAUUAAGGAUUGAUAUAAUUAAAGUCUAUAUAUAUAUAUGUGUCUCAUCUAUAUAGAUAACUUUUGACAUAUACAGUAAAUGCACCUCUGAACAUGAGUAAAACCAGAACAAAUUAAGGUUUGUAUUGCCGGAGUAAUUUUCAUAUACACAUGUGAACCUCACAAUUAUUUUCAACAGUGUGCUGAUGCUGAAAACUUGAUGGACUGAGGAGAAUUGGACAGACAUAUCAGUGGUGUUCUUUUUAUUAAAAUAUAAAUUUUACCUUGAUUUCUAUUGGUAUGCUUUUCAAACUAUUAAACGAUACGUUUCAUGCAAAAACUCUCUCUCUCUAAAAGUUGUUUUAAAAUGUCAAAUAAGUCCAUUUUUUUAAGUUUGUAAUAAUUAAAACCAAAUAAUCAUGUCCUAAUUGUUUUUUUUGUUUUAGGUACCCUAAUUUUUUCUUCAUCUUAUUAGAAAAGAACAUCAUCAUUUAGUGAGCAAAUUCUUUGCUGCACCUGCACGUGAGACGUGAGUACGUGACACAUCCAUGCGACCUUCCAAGCCAUAGUAAGGUCAGUAGGAGUCAAGAUUGAAGAGACAAUAGUCCAAAUUGAUUAACAAGUGUACCGCUGUCUCCGUAGUGCUUGACUGACGUACUUGCAAUGGCAUCUUUGUCCAAAGUGUCCCCUGAUAGUACCUUUCGGCUAAUCCUUGUUCUAAACUGAUAAUGCCCUCGUGCGCGUGAAUCUUCUUGUUGAUCUGAUCUUAUCGCAAAUGAGAUGAAAGUUUGGAGAAUUGUAUGCAAGCACCUUUGUUGCAAUCUGUGCCUUUUUUUUGCCUAUAUAUGUGCGCGUUUGGCCAUGGAUGGAGUGGUGGUAACAGGGGAACGCUGCUCAGCUUCUUGCGGCUGUAUACUUCAGAACACCAGAAGAAAAAAAAUCUUGUGCUGCACAUAUGGAGAUGCAAGAUGAACAUGUCAUUGACGUCCCUUCAAUACUGGCGCAAGAACUGAGUACUGAACUCACUAGCCUGAAGCCACCGUCGACGGAGUUGGCCGGCGACGGCGACCCUUCUCCGACGCCGCCGAUCAUCAUCGACGAGGUCGGCGAACGGACUCGCAACGUCGACCCGCACGAGUACCUGCCGCACCACGUCUACAUCGGGCCGUACAGCCGUAUGAGGAACGCCGACCUCGCCGGGGACGACGACGACAAGCUGCGCACGCUUCAGGAGGUCCUCGCCGCGGCGGCGGCGUACUCCACCGCGCCGCCGCUGCAGCUGAAGGACUUCGUCGCCGAGCUCGAGCUCCUCGAGGCCCGCGCGAGGAGCAGCUACCGCCACACGUUCGGUGUGGUGCCGAGCAAGGAGUUCCUGCGCUGGCUGCUGCUCGACGCAUGCUACAUCCUCGUCCGCUUCGGCGACGUCGACGACGUCGUCGGGCGCCGCCCACGCCCGGCGGCGCCGGCGGCCGUGGCGAGCGCGAACGGCGCCGUGCAGGGCGGGAACCGCGUCGUGCCGUCGGUGGAGAGGAGGAGAGCAUCCGCCGCCGACCGGCAGUAUAUCCUCGACGUGGUCCGCGACGUGUUCUACCUUGCGGCGAACCAGGUUCCGUUCUUCGUCGUCGAGAGGGUCCGCCAGAUGACGUUUCUGGACCACGGUACUCCGGCGCUGGACGCCAUCGCGAGGUUCGCCGGAAAACUCUUGGAGCAGAAGCAGUACUCCGUCGCGACGCCGACCAUGGUGGGGCCGCCGGAACGGCGGCCGGAGCCGGCCAAUCUUCUGCACCUGCUGCACAUGCACUUCACGCCCACCGUACUCACAUCCGCCGCCGCUGUCGGUGGCGGCGGUGCGCCCGUGGGCCGAUGGCGCACGGCGAUGGAGUACUACUUCGUCGGCGUGAAGUUCAAGAGACGGCCUCUCAAUCGCCGCAGCAAGGGCGGCGCCCUCAGCAUCCUCGACGUGAAGGUGAGCGGCGGCGGCGGCGGCACGCUGGAGGUGCCGCAGCUGAACAUCGACGGCGAGACGUGGCGGCUGCUCCGCAACCUGAUAGCGCUGGAGCAGAGCAACCCGUCGGGGGCGGGGAGCCACGUGACGGCGUACUGCGUGUUCAUGUCGCAGCUGGCGUCGACGCCGAUGGACGUGGAGCUGCUGUCGCGGCGGGGCGUGAUCGUGCACGGCCUCGGCAACAACGGCGAGGUCGCCAAGCGCUUCGCCGAUCUCUGCAAGGGCACCGUGUUCGACGUGGACGACGCCGACCAGAACUACCUGAGGCCGGUGUGCCAGGUGCUCGACCGGCGGUUCCAGAGCCGGCCGCGGCGGUGGAUGGCGUGGCUGAAGCAGAAGUACUUCGCCAACCCGUGGCUCGCCGCCGGCCUCGCGGCGGCGGCCGUCAUCUUCGUCUGCACCGUCAUCCAGGCGGUUUACUCCGUUCUGAGUUACAAAAAAGGAUGAUGCGGGUCUAUUGGCAGAGACAGUGGUCCAUGUGCAUAGCAAGCAGCCUAUUGUACAACAUGCCUGUUUCAUUGUAGAGCAAAAUAAUUUAACUUAGGGCUUUGCCAAUCACAACUUGCCAUAGUUUGCCAAAUUAAGGCCUAUGGGAAAACCAACCUCUUGCAAGUGAUGUAUAUAUUGUACUAAGGAACAAGACGUACUACAAAGUAGGUUAAAAUGAAAAAAAAAAACUUAUUCUUUCCUUGCACAAAAUGAUGCCAGAAGUAGAAAAUCUGAAAAGAUAAUAUCUCACAAAAUAAAUCACCACCUAAUGUUUUUUUUAAAGCAGUACGUAGAUGAUGGCAUGAUUGUUUUCUGGUUUA